AUGAGUUCGAAGGAGAAAUAUUUGGCAACGGCAGGGCCGAAGUCCGUCAAGAUCUGGUCUGUUGCAUCAUGGACUCUACUCACGUGCAUCCCAACUCCAGUGCGGUGCCUCUCACUUGCCUUCAUUGAAGAAGACGAGCUUCUUGCCAUAGCAAUGACGAACAAUCAGUUCGUUUUUUGGGACAUCCAGGCCGACGAGAUGGUCGACGGAGCCCGUUGGACGGAUGCCGAGGAAUCGAGGGAGGCCUAUGACAGAAGAUGGCCUGUCAUGGCAGCAACAAGUGCCUCACAGUGUCUGAUGGCCAUCGUGUAUCGCUCACAAGACCUCCUUGUUUGGAAUUUUGAAGAACGUCGCCUCCACGAUAUCUACAACCGCGAAUGUGGCUCACGCCUCAAUGCGUCGUCGACGGUGCCAAUGCGUAAAUCCACGAUUCUUUGCCUCGCAUUUAGCGCAUCGCAAACAUCGACUGCCUUGGUCGCGGGGUAUUUUGAUGGUGAACUGGUUUUGUAUGAUACAAAACUUGGUAUUGUGAGAAGUACUGUCCCAGCAGUCAAUGCUCUAUGUAUGACCAGCUCUCACGACGGCCGAACACUGGCAACAGGGGACGCCGAAGGCACGAUUCAGAUUUUCAACCUCGAAAACAUACACCGGCUUUAUCGCAUCACUUUCAAUGCCGAAUUCAUUGGCGUGCGAGCUCUCGCGUUCACGGGAGAUGACCUCCGUCUACUUGACAUCCGUGGAAAGCAGUGCCGCGUCUGGGAGCCACGAGCACUCCUCCGACAGGAAGUUGAUGAUGACGACAGCGACACGCUCUCUUUAUCUACGGCCACACACGAAGUCGAGUUCACUGGUGCUAUGGAUCUGAUCUAUAUCACAUGCAUUGCAGUGAUGGAACACGGGCAGUAUAUCCUAUGUGGUAAAGACGACGGCUCAGUACAAAUCUAUGAAUGCGCAAAGGGAGAGACUCUUCAAACACUUUUCACGCAUAAGACUGCUGUCAAGCAUAUCAAAUUUGACGAAGAUAGCAAUACCAUUGUCAGCUUGGACCAGUCUGGCACACUUGCUUGCUACCAGCUCGUCAUGCUCAACAGAUCAAAGUGGCGCAUCGUGGACAUUUUUGAUGAACACGUUGAGGGCGCUGUUGAUCAGAUUCUCAUAAACAGAGGCCUUUCACGCCUUCUUGUCUCAUCUGGCGAGCAUCAUGUGCUGUUCUCAGUAGACAGGGCAUUGCACAAAGGUACGAUUUCUCGAGCAUUCAAGACAGCUUCGGUCUCAGGCCAUACCUGGAGUAAUCAUCCAACAUCUAACGACCAUGUCGUCUUGUUUUCUGCUGGACGAGCGUUCUCCUUUUCGUGGCAUGAUCUAAAAUAA